ACCCCAGGAUUAGUUCUGAAUGUUUGGCGUCCCCGCACGGUCUACAACUUUGAAGAGACUAUAAGCUCGCUCCACGAUGACUCGUCUUGCUGUUCUAGGAAUUUUGCUGAUCGUUUUUCUUGCAAGCAUUGAUGCUUUCCCCAAAAAUAGGCUUGAUGUACGAGGGAAACUCGGAAGCGAAAGCAGAGUGUAUAGAGGACAGUUAUCCCUGAAGAAUGUAGAUCAGCGCCUGUCUGAAAUUGAAAGAAUUAAGAUGAUGAUGGAUGAGAUAGAGAAAGAGGAAGUGAGCAAUGAUGAAGCCGAGGAGGAGAGUGGAGAGAAAGAAGAGGAAGAAGAACAAGAAGAAAAAGGGGAAGAGGAGGAAGAGGAGGAAGAAAAAGAAGGAGAAGAGGAGGAAGAAGAGGAAGAAAAAGAAGGAGAAGAGGAGGAAGAAGAGGAAGAAAAAGAAGGAGAAGAGGAGGAAGAAGAGGAAGAAAAAGAAGGAGAAGAGGAGGAAGAAGAGGAAGAAAAAGAAGGAGAAGAGGAGGAAGAAGAGGAAGAAAAAGAAGGAGAAGAGGAGGAAGGAGAGGAACAAGUAGAAGGAGAAGAGGAGGAAGAAGAGGAAGAGGAGGAAGGUGAGGAAGAAGAGGAAGAGGAAGAAGAAGAAGGUGAGGAGGAAGAAGAGGAGGAGGAAACGGAAGGUGGAGAAGAAGAAGAGGAGGAGGAAGAAGAAGGAGAAGAAGAGGAAGAGGAGGAGGAAGAAAAUGGUGAGGAGGAAGAGGAGAAGGAAGAAGAAGCUGGUGAGGAAGAAGAGGAAGAGGAAGAAGAAGAGGGUGAAGAAGUUGAAGAAGAGGAAGAAGAGGAGGGUGAAAAAGAAGAGGAGGAAGAGGAAGAGGAAGGGGAAAAAAAUGAAGAAACAGAAGAAGAAACCGGAGAGGAGGAAGAGGAGGAGGAAGAGCAAGAGGGAGAAAAAAUGGAGGAACAAGAAGAGGAAAAAGGUAAAGAGGAGGAGGAGGAAGAAAUAGAAGAAGGAGAAAAGGAGGAAGAGGAAGAAAUAGCACAAGGCAAAAAAGAAAUGGAGGAAAAAAUAAAAGAGGGCAAAAAAGUGGAAGAGGCAGAGAUAGAGGAAGGUGAAAUGGAGGAAGAAAAAGAAAUAGAAGAGGGCAAAACCCAAGAAGAAAAAGAGAUUGAAGAGGGUGAAAAAGAAGAGGAAAAGGAAAUAGAGGAAGGUAAAAAUGAGGAGGAGAAAGAAGAAGAGGAAGGUGAGAAAGAAGAAGAGGAGGAGGAAGAGGUUGGUGAGGAAAUGGAGGAGGAAGAGGAAGAAAAGGGAGAAGAGCAGGAAGAGGAAGAGGAGGAAGAGGGAGAGAAGGAAGCUGAGAAGGAAGAAGAGAAGGGAGAGGAGGAGGAGGAAGAAGAAGAGGAAAAGGGUGAGGAGGAGGAGGAAGAAGAAGAGGAGGCUGGUGAAGAAGAAGAGGAAAAGGAGGAAGAAGAAGGUGAAGAGGAAGAGGAGGAGGAAGAAAAUGAAGGUGAAGAGGAGGAAGAGGAAGAAGAAAAGGAGGGAGAAAAGGAGGAAAAGGAGGAGGAGGAGGAAGGUGAAAAUGAAGAGAAAGAGGAGGAGGAGGCAGGUGAAAUGCAGGAAAAAGAGGAGGGAGAAAUGGGUAAAGAUGAGGAGGAGAAGGAGGAAGAAGAAGGUGAAAAGGAAGAAAAAGAGGAAGAAGAGGAAGGUGAAGAAGAAGAGAAAGAGGAAGAGGAAGAAGGUGAAAAGGAAGAAGAAGAGGAAGAGGAAGAAGGUGAAAAAGAAGAAGAAGAGGAGGAGGAAGAAGGUGAAGAAGAAGAGGAAGAGGAAGAGAAAGAAGGUGAAGAAGAAGAGGAAGAGGAAGAGAAAGAAGGUGAAGAAGAAGAGGAAGAGGAAGAAGAGGAAGGUGAAAAAGAAGAGAAAGAAAAGGAGAAAGGUGACAAGAGAAAGCGCUCAUCUAAACGUCUUGCACAUACCCAAAAAAGGUUAAACUAGGGAAGAUUCUACAAGAGGCAAAGAAUGAACUGAACUCUUAGCUAAAAAUUUCUCAAAAACACUCUUAAGUCUAGCAAACAUUAUGAACUCUGCUGCAAAUAAUAUUUACUAAUUUGUUCACUGCAUGACAUUUUUAAGCCAAAGACAUAUCUGAGAAGAUAAUUAGGUCACUUCCGACACUUUCUUUAACUGCUCAUCCAUGAGUGUGUUAGCACAUUAAUGGGACUCAUCCCUAAAAAAAAUGAAAAUGGAUAGAGUGGAGUCCCGGCAUCUUAAUCACGUGGAAUUUAAAAGACAGGUAUGAGCUAAAAAGUUCAAAAUUUCAAGGGUUAAAUUACAGUGAUAUAAGUCUUAAAAGGGUACAUCAGUACAUGGAAUCACAGUUUAUUCACAACAAUUGGAAUUGAGAUCAUGGGGCUCCACUGUAUGCACUUAUUGCAACAAUUGAGAGUUUUUUAAAACUAAAAAAAAAAAAGGAUGAGUUAAUUACAUCCUCAGCAGUCAAGUUGAAAA